AUUUGUUGGUGAAACAGUGUGGAGAGUGUUGAACUCCACUCGGAUUUUGCAUCUCAAUCGUCACGACAAUUCAACCAAUAUCAUCCAGUGAAAAACUGUAAAUAGAUGUGAGUGUCAAGUGCCCGAAACAAUCGCGAGUUGUGAGAUCGGUGAAAUCUGUGGUGAAGCUGUUUGUACAAAAAAAAUCAAGGAGAUACGAGAAUUUGACCAAAUGUUGGCCUUUCAUAACGAGCAUAUAUCAAGUUGUGCUUUUUUGACGUAUUUCAGUCCGGAAAGUGCAGCGAACGCCCAGAACGCGCUCCAUGAAAAGCAAACUUUACCAGGGAUGAACCGUCCCAUUCAAGUUAAACCAGCGGAUAGUGAAAACCGCGGUGAUCGCAAGCUGUUUGUUGGUAUGCUUAGUAAGCAACAGACCGAAGAGGAUGUAAGACAGUUGUUCACACCAUUCGGAACCAUUGAAGAGUGUACAAUUUUGCGGGGUCCCGACGGUGCCAGCAAAGGUUGUGCUUUUGUGAAGUUCAGCUCUCAUCAGGAAGCACAAGCAGCCAUCACAAAUCUACACGGGAGUCAAACUAUGCCGGGUGCGUCAUCGAGUUUGGUGGUAAAAUUUGCUGAUACUGAGAAGGAGCGACAACUGAGACGUAUGCAGCAAAUGGCCGGUCACAUGAAUUUGCUAAAUCCCUUUGUUUUCAAUCAGUUCGGAGCGUAUGGUGCUUAUGCACAGCAGCAACAGGCGGCUCUCAUGGCCGCAGCGACUGCUCAAGGAACGUACAUAAAUCCCAUGGCUGCGCUUGCAACACAAAUACCUCAUGCACUCAAUGGUAAAGUGGGUGAUGGACAGCUGGAGGGACAGGUGGUAAUGGCUUGUUUGCCCGCAGGCUCAGGACAACCAGUGAAUGGAACGAUUCCGUCGCUGCCAUCUCCCACUAUGCCAACAUUUAACAUGGCAGCCCAGACGCCCAAUGGUCAGCCUGGAGGCACCGAGGCCGUCUAUACAAACGGCAUACCUCAAACGUAUCCAGGCCAUGCCCUUCACUUAUCAAUUCCAACGCAAGGACUACCGAAUGGGGAUGCUGCUCUUCAGCAUGCUGCGUAUCCUGGAAUGCAACCGUAUCCAGGUGUUGCUUACCCCGCCGUUUAUGGACAGUUUCCUCAAGCUAUUCCACAACCUAUGGCCGCUGUGGCAUCACAACGAGAAGACUAUUUAAUGUUAACAGGAUGCUCCAUCUCUGGACCAGAAGGGUGCAAUUUAUUUAUCUACCACCUGCCACAGGAGUUUGGUGAUGCUGAACUAAUGCAAAUGUUCCUUCCGUUUGGCAACGUUAUUAGUUCAAAGGUUUUCAUCGAUCGUGCAACAAAUCAGAGUAAAUGCUUUGGUUUUGUUUCGUUCGACAAUCCGGCAAGUGCUCAAACAGCUAUCCAAUCAAUGAAUGGUUUUCAGAUUGGAAUGAAAAGACUGAAAGUACAGCUAAAGAGACCGAAGGACGCCAGUCGACCUUAUUAACAGGAGGUAUCCUCCAGUAAUGUCAAUACUGCUUCAGUAUUUGCAUUCUUUUCAGAUGAAGCUUUAAGGAUAAAGUUUAAACACUAAUUUACACCAUGAGAGCAGCGUAAUUUUGCAUGGCGAUUAGAGAUAGCAAAAUACUAUGAGGAAGAAACAAAAACUAUUGCAGGAAUUUAGUAAGAGAAACUCCAACACUGUUGUUUUUUCCUUUCUGGGCUCCAUCAUCGAAGAACAACCUUUGUUGCGGCUGCAGAUGCAGAAAAUUAUCUUUUCAAAUCUACUAAUUUUAAGGCAUCAUACUGUAAUUAAAGUAUAAAGAGAGAAAGUGUCUCUAUUUAAUUUUUCUUUUCUAUCUUCUUUAUUGUCAGAUGAAAAGAAAGAAAUGAUAAUAUUUAGGUUAAUAAAAGUAGCGUAACUGAAGAUAUGAGCGAAGGAGAAAACACAAGUAAACAAGAAGACAAAAUAUAGAUGCAGGAAAUGAAUUAUUAUAUUUGAAACAAAAAAAAAUGAUAAGUAAAAUGAAACUUUUAGAGGUGAAACUUUAAUAAGAGAAAAAAAAACUAGUGAUUAGGGAGGAAUGAUAGAAUUGUAAAUUUUAAGAGAAAGUAUAAUGCAGAAGACGGAGAACAUCGUGAAAGGUGUUUAGGAAUCACAAAAAACACACACCUUCUCGAAUUGAAUUUCAUGAAGAGAAACUCGAAAACACACUUUUCUAAUUUACUACCAUGCUUAGAGCGUAUUACUGAGGACAAUUCACGUCCCUUCGUCUUACUGUUUCCCUUCUUAUGAGUUCAUCUCUUCUGAUUACUCUAAGUUGGUAGAAAUGUAUUUAUAUUGAAGAUCAGUUAUUAAGAGGUUUUUACAUUUUUUUCUAUUAGUGCCAUAAAUAAUCUAAAUUGGCCAUUAUUUAGCAUAACUUGCGUAGUUAAAUUAUUAUUUUAACAAAAACCUUUCAAAAAUUUUCGGGAAUAAAGGAAGGAAAAUGAUGAGACAUUUAGUAAUAUGCUUCAGUCCCAUCAGCAAAUAUACCAGCAAAUAAUUCAAAUCUUAUAAAUAAAACUUAUAGUAUAAUCAAUUACAUUUGGGAUGAAUCGUUUAUACAGAGAAAACCAAUCAUGAAACUAACCAAUCCCCAAAACAAUCAUGAAUCCUAUCAUGAAACUUGCAGCAGCAAAAAUCUACCGUUGUACAUAUAUCUUUACUUUCCGACUCGACAAGCGAAAAUCUGUUACUUUUUCACCAAGGAAGAGAACAAACCCAAAGGAGAUAAUCAAUAUCAUAAAUUAUUUCUUAUAUCCCUUCAUUAAUUAGCUAAACUUAAGGAUGAGGGUAACUUUUUAGGUAAUAAAAAUGACGCGAAUACAUCAUAAAUAAUUGCCAUUUCACUCAUUUGACACAUAUAGAGAACCCUUUAAUGAUUUUUUUGUUUGAUAAAUGAGCGUCAAAAUGAAAAUGAUGGAUAAAUCCACCAAAUCUACAGCUAAGAAAAGCCAAAAAUUUUGUUAAAUAGAAAUGAAAAGAUAUACCAAAUAUUGAACUUAUUGAAAUGAGGUAAAAAAGAAAAGAUAUAAUUGAUAAUCUAAAUAUUAUUGUAAUAAUAAACACUUUAAACAAAUAAUAAUUUAUUCUCUAGGUAUUAUAAUGAAUUAAUGAGGAAAACUCAUUACAUAAAAAAAAACUUUUAAUAAUAUUAAUACGGCGAAAGCAAACUUUUAAUGAAACCAAGGAAAAGAAGUAUAUUUAUAUAAAUUAGAUUUCUAAUAAUGUAUCUUUCUUCUUAAAUAAAAAUAAUAUCGCCACUUGAUAUUUAACAAAACAUAUAAAUUAAUCAUGUAAAAUCUUCAUCAAGAUUGUUUAAGUGUGUUUUAUUUUAAAGGAAAUUUUGAUUUAAGUCAUCCUUUUCAUGGUAACAAUAGGUAUAAAACAUCCUGUCGUAUAUUAUAUUUUUAAUCUUAAGAGUGAGCUUAUGUCACUAUUUCCAACUUCCCUUCCCCGCCCCUGAAAACCCAGAUACAAAAAGUCUUUCAUCUUGAAACUAUAAUUGGCAAGUGUUGUUGGGAAAUUCUCGUGAAAUCUGAAUCAAAAGAGCAAAUUGUAGAAAAGAUAAGUUUAAAAAACAUGUGAACACCUUUAAAUUCAAAAGAAAUGGUAAAUAUCAAUGAUAAAUGCGUGCUUGAAGCGAAUUUACUGUUGGAUAAUUUGGAAGCGAUCUAAUUGGAUUGUUCUUUAACUAGACGAAUGAUUACGUUUUUUUUGUAUUUCAGAUGAGAAAUGAUCAAAAACUUGCAUUAGUCCUUAACCUAAAAUUUCCAUACAAAACAUUCACCGAAGUGUAGUAAGGAAAUGAAAGGAUUGCAAGUAUUUCUGGGCGUUUCUGUCUCGAAUACAAAAGGACUCAAAUAGCGCUUGAUUUAUGCACAAAUAUUUAUAGGUUUGCAAUUAAAUAUGAUAAUUAUCUUGCUUCUUGAAAAAAUUAAAGGCAAGAAGUUUUCUAGGGACCACAGUUGCGCAUUUUCUAAAUCAAAUUCGAUAGAUUAGCAAUUUUUGCACAAUAUACAGUAUCUCAAAAUUAAAUAGGAACAAAUAAGGCUUUGUGCUUGCUGAUGUGUAACCAAUUUUCAUAUUAAGCUAAAGGCAUGAUUUCUUUCCUCUAAAUCUACCGAGUUUGAGCAUUUGUGCUUCACUUCAUUAUUCUUUAAUGAGACCUUAAAGCUGUUCAAACGAAAAAUUAUUCUAAAAUCAAAUAAAAACAAUAGCCAAACAUAGAAGAUUACACAAAUUUGAUCAAUUUUCAAUAUUAGAAACGAAGUUUAAAGGCAUCGAGCUUCCUCAUUAGGCCCUACUAAAAACCAAAACUCAAUAUGAAAAUUUGUGCCAGAUCAAAAUUUCACCGGGUCUGUAAUAAUUUGGAAAUACUCUAGUAAUUCUUCGUAAUUACCUUCUACCCAAAACACUCAAUACGCACAACUUCGACGACCGCGCAUCGAAUUACCAAAUUAUCCAGCAUAAAAUUUCACAAACCGGGUUUGUUAUCUUAAAAAAAAACAUAGGUGGCAAGAUUUAGAAAAGGAAAAAAAUCUUAUAAUUCAACCAAAAAAGUUACGAGAGCGCUAGAUAAUUCCACAAAUGGGCUGUGAUUUGAAUGUAAAAAGAAAACACUUAAAAUGAAAAUAACAUACAAAUUUGUGUAACUGUACAGUUCGUUUGUUUUCUCUAUGUGAAUCGUGAAGUUCGAUGUUGUAAGAGAGACACUGACGUGUGUGCGCCAUAGGAAAAAGAAUCUUACCAAAAAAGAAUAUAUAUUUAAUUAAAAAUGAAGAGAGCGUAAGUGGCCAAGAUGGUAUAAAUAAAAAAAAAAACGUUUAAAAGAAACACUGACGAUGUACCUUACAAUAAAACAAAAAUGAUAAAAAAUGAGAUAUUUUACACGAUGUGAGAUGCGAUAAUUAGAAUUGUGCGGGAGAUCGUCUCCUGCCAUUUUUGCCUACCCGCAAAUAUUCAUGACUAAAGCAAGCAGCAUAAUUAUGAAAAAGCAACCCCUAAAAAUAAUAUGGACAGUGAAAACUCUUGAGGUGUGACAAAAAUUGCCCAAGAGAUGAGUGUUUCCGCGUGGCAUGUCCCCAGAUACAAUACAAAAUGUGAUUCAAAUUCAAUGUUAAUUGCUAGAAAAUCCUAUUCUCCGCCCUUUCCCGCCCCGCGACCCCAAAAUGUCCCCAAACUAACGGAAAAAUCUCAUGAAAUUCCCCGUCGAAAGUGAACGUAUCAUUUUAGCCGUUUGUAUCUCUUCAGCAAAACACGUUUCGCGCUGCGAAAUAAUCUUUUGCAGAGUCCAAGACAAACAAUUUAACAUGUGAUUCAGUGUGACAAGAGGAAUAGGUGUAUAAAUUUAUGAAUUUAAGUCAACCAAACCAUUAAAAUCUCUCUAAGAGAUCUCAUUGCCAAUUAUAGUGUCAAAGAAAUCCCCUCAAAUCCCAGCCUGUCUUAAUUUUCCUUAACCCAUCUUGAGGAAGAAUAGCCAUUGAACAUAGUCGAGAUGCAUAGACUCGAAUUACGACCCGAGAUUAAAGUGGUCCAAUAAGUAUAAACAAGAAAUGUGUAAUAUAUGCAGAAAAGCUGCACAUUCAAUCCAGUUUUGAGGAACCGUUUAAGAUCAAAAAGAGCAUUAUAGUAAGGCGUAAACUGAUGUUAAAUAAGUCUAAUGAUACGCUACUUAAUAAUAUUGACUAAUAAUUACCACUUAGAUAAAUUAAUUACUUAGAUAAGUUUCAUUUUGUAGUGACAAUAAAAUUUUGCCCAUUUUCUUUGCCAAUUGUCACCCAAAUUUGCAUCAUUUCGCGAAUCAUUUUGUGGUUCGGAGCAACAAAAAUAUCGUGCACAGAAAGGAAUUGGAGUAUAUAAAUCAUACUUUUGGCACAAGUUGUAGAGAAGAAACGUAGAAAUCACAAAAUUUUAGAUCCUAUUCGGAGAAUCGCUGUAGAAUUUUAUCAAACUCAAUUUCCUGGUAGACUUUUAAACUAUAUAGAAAGUAUUUAAUCCCGGGCAGCUAUUGUAAUCUCCAAAUUUAGACUUGAAUACUAACUAGAAUCAUUGUAAGAUGAGAGAUAUUUGCAUGCGGCUCGAUAGAUCAGAAACUCUCUUAGUCUUUCUCUUACAUUUAUCAAUCCUUUCUGUGCACACACAUUUCUAAAUAUAAUACAGUUAGAAGAACACCUUUUUUGGAUAAUUGGCAAAAAUUACUAUGAAAUAACAAUUUCUCAAGGAGUAUUAUAUUUAGAAUGAAAAGUCAAGGGGAAAUCCCAACCAAAUUGAGAUUAUAUCUAGUCAGAAGCGAGUAGAACCACACCAUUGUUGAAUUUUGUCCGAAAAGUGAGGAAUUAGGCACAUUUUAGAAAAGUAUAUUGUACAUUAUUGUAAUUUUGAGCGAGGAAGCCGAAGAGGAAUCUUAUAGUGUUAAAUAAUCCCUAGAAUUUUGUCAUUCAUCCGAAUAAACAAACGAGUUUUAUUUUUGGCCAAAAUUGGAUUCUUAAGUUUGAUCUUUAAGUUUUAACACUUCAAAUGAAGAGAGAACGAAUCUUUGAAGAUGGUCGAUAAUGUGCAAUAUAGUUUAGAAAAGAAAAUCAUCUCGCCAAAUAAAACACAAAACUAAGAUUUUUCAUUUCAAUAAUUGCGUGAGUUUAGAAAUCUAGUCAAAACAUAAAAAGGUGAAAAUAAAAACUGUUUAGCGCCUCGUUUUAGGGAUGCACACAUUUACUAAUUGUAUGAAAAUUGAUAAAAAGAUAAAAUUGUACAUAAUGAAUAAAUCAUUACUAAAAGAAACAUCACGAAAUCAAUUUGAAAAAAAAGGAAAGAUGAGGUGAGAAAUUGAGCAGUAAUGUAAAAAUUCGUUGCAAUUUGCCAUGAGUAAAGGAGGAAGGAAUAGAUAAAAGAAACGCGAUGAAGGCACUGAGGAAAUACACAAUAUUAAAUUAUUUAGAUGAUGAUAGAGAGAAGGAAAUUUUUAGAAUUUUUGUAAAACUGACGCACUUUGCUAUGAUUAGUGACGCCUUUAAAGAAUUAUAUAUUACCAUUUAAAUAAAAGAAUAUAUUAUAUAUAUAUAUAUAUUAUACAUUUAAAAGAGGUAUGAUGACGAAGAUGAAUUGAUAAAGAAACACCCCACAAAGCAUUAGCCAUUUUCCCAAAAAUCAUGUAGAUUUCCUAGUAGAAAAGCUCUUUUAAAAGUAUAAUUUUUUUCUUACUGCAGAAUUUCAAUCGAAAAUAUGUCCUUAAUAAUUAAAAAGAGAAAAAAAAACACAAAAAGUAACAAAACUUUUGAAGACAAAACCGAAAAUAACCACAUAGAACACCGAGAAACAUUUUUAAAGUGAACAAAUAUAAUAAAUUAUGAGUAGGAACUUUAGUGAGGAAACAAAGAUGAUGCGAGUACUUUUCAUCGGAAUGAAAAUCUUAAGAGAAGUAUGUUGCAAAAUGAAUAUUAUAAUAUAGGAUACAGGGUAUUUCUUGCAAUUAUUUAAAAAGAUGAAAAAACCAAAAAGAUUUUUAAAAAGUAAAAAACAACAAAAUAUUAAAGAAUGAAUAAUUGUGAGGUUAAAGAGAGGUUAGAAAGCGCGCGAAAACGAAUCAUGUUUGAAUGUGGCGUGAGCAAAAUGUUGACAAUAUUUGUGUGUUAAAAUGCGUAAAUAAAACAACCCGAGAUGAGAGUGUAUAAAAUGCCCAUACAAAUACACUAUAAAGUUAUAGAACAUACUCUGAUUUAAGCUGAUCAAUUUUUGCACAGAAUGAAUGGCACAACGGACAUUUUUGACUUGAUACAUUAAUUCUUAAACUCUCUUUGAAAAUAUAAAAUCAGAGAACACUCAUAAGGCGGUGAACAAUUGUGAAAAAGGUUUAAAGAAAACACAGAAAUUUAUAACAUAUGUAAUAAUUUAAAUAAACGGAGAAAGAGUGGGAAAACAUUGCGAAACAAUACAUUUAAAACGCAAAUAGGACUUUAGAUUUUAGCAUGAUCAACUAAAGACAGAAAUUAUAUACAUUUAACCACACUAAUCAUUUAUACAUUUAAAUUGAUACAUAUAUUAUAUAAAUUUGCAAAUUGAAAAGUUACAUACGAGGGACUUGAUGAUAAGUGCAGAAAACAUUUUACUUAGACAAAAAAACAUGAGAUUUUUAAGAGGAUGAAAAUUGAGAUGAGAAAAUCUAGUGAAAAAAAACCUUUUACUCACACUUUUCAAUAGUUCGAUAUUUAUACAUUAGGAGAUGAACAAAUAUUUUACACAAUGAUGACAUUCAAAACAAACUGAACUGAUAUAAAGUGUAAAAAGAAAAAUGUAAACAUGGGAAUUACACAAAUGCGAAAACACACAAAUUAUUACCGUAAAAACUAUGCUAUAUAACCUUUAAAGAGGAAACAAUGCGAAGUGGACACGACAAGUAUAAUCAUUUUGACGAUGGAAGGAAUGCUAUGCUACCUCUGAAAGAAAGGGGAAUAACUGCAUAUUUACUAAAAUAUUGUAUCUAAUUAAUUAUUAAAUUACAUAUUAUUAUUAUUAACUUGAUUGACACAAAAAAUUAUUGCGAAAAUGGAAACCCAGGAAAGAAAGAACCUAUAUAAAUAAUAAUAACGAGCAUUUACUAGUCAGAAAAACAACUAAUUAUCUUUCUCUUUAAAAAAAAAAUAAAGAAAAUUACAUCUAUUUGUAUCAUUUUUCUCGAAACUUUCUGCAAUUUAGUGUUGCAAAAAAGCAUUUGGAACACCAAAAUUUGAUAAAAUUUGGUUUAUGUGGUUAAUUCUCUGUUAUUUCAUCUGGAAUUCAAUACUUCAGUCGCUCCAUCUCCUUUUGAGAAUGGUACUGAAAUUGAAAUUUCUGAAUUCUUCGCCGUGUUUGACAGAAAUCAUUAAUGUAGUGCAAUGUAAUUUCCUCGUAAUACAAUUGCAAACGAGUGUCCAAAAUCUUUACGUCAUCUAAUCGAAAUAUGUUGAUUUUAAUACAAAUGAAAGUGGAAGUACUACUUGCAGUACUAGAAUUCCUCUGAGAUAUACGGAAUUAACUACUAAACCAAUUUUUUGUCAACUAGUAAAGUAUCCUGAAUAUUCCUUUUUCGCAACAAUACAUGCCAGAAAAUAAUAAAAAAUCCUAGCCAAAAGAUGCGAGAAUCUAUAUAAAAAUUUAUCUCUUAAAAAAUCAACUUAUCAAGAUUAAUUCAAUGCAUUCAAAUCAAUUGUUAUCUAUCUGCAUUGCCUUAAAUUAUAAUAAAAUUGAUGACAAGAGAGACAAUUAUUCUCAUAUGAUUAAAAUAAAAACCAAAUGAAUAAGAUAAAAACAAAUUUAAAAUCUUUAGAGGCUUAGUCAUUUUAUUGAGGAAACAAAGUAUUUAUUGCAAUUAGGCUAUAGCGUAAAAUAUCAGUCAUUUAUCGGUUAUCCUUUUUUUUUAAAGCCCACACACGCCAUUCUAAAGCAAAUUUGCAGGAAAUCUUACCUUCUCAUUUGGAUGGAGUCUCUCAAGAAGAAUGAGGAAUAAGAAGAAUAUGAUAAUAAAAUAAGAAAACACAAAGACGCAGCUUUUUCAUCUUUUCAUUUAAUUUUUCAUAAAAACAGACAUAACGUGAAAAUGUACAUAAAGAAUAAGAAAUAAAAAUGGAAGAUAGAAAGAAAAUAAAUAAAAAAUCCCCUGCCAAAAUGAGCUAAAUAUAUUUUUUAUUAUACAUAUAUAAAAUAUAUAUAUAAAUAGGAUAAUGGAAGAUUAGAUGGGAGGAAGAGAGAGAAAUGAUGAAAUAUAUUGUAACACCCAUUAUUACUUUUAAAUUCGUAGUGAGUAAUUUUGAAAAAUGAGAAAAAUAGUUCAUAGUAUUAUCAUAUAAUACCAGAAAGAGGUUUGAAGUUUGGUAAGGCGAGAGGAAGCGAGGAUUGUAGAAGCUUCGACUAUGCUUAAAAUCCCAGUUGUUAGCGAAGACGGCACAGGUUAGUUUUGUGUAGGUUUGAGCGCGAAGCAUGACAGAUUUUCAAAUUUUCUUUUGUCAAAUCAAUCGCAUUCUUUUUAAAUAAAUCCUCCUAAAAGUUUGCAUUUUUUGCCCAUCUAACUUCUCUAGCUAAAAAAAUUAUAUAUUGUAUCAUUCUUAAAAAAAAAGAAAGAAAAGUGUCCGGUUCGACGGACCAGAAAAUCCACCUUUUUGGACUUAUAUGCCCCCUGUUUUGUCCAUUCUUAAAUAGACAAUUUUCUAGUGAAUCACACUUUAUUGAAAACUUGGUAAAAAUAUUUAGAUUUCUAAUCUAAUUAAUUAUGAACAAAUACUGCAUGAGAUACUAUUUAUUUACAUAUUACAGAGAUAAUAAAAAACUAAAAAAAAACACAAAAA